AUGAAUGACACGAGGGAAGAAAAUUACAAAAGCGGGUCGAAGACAAAAUACCCGCAGUCACUCAUGAUGGAUAUGUCAAGAUCGUACAUGAACAGGCAAGACAGAAUUAACGCCCUGAAUUUGUAUAUCCAAAAAUCAUCGUACAACCCUCAAUUUUUGCAAGACGAUGAGGAAGAAGAAGACGAAAGUGAGAGUGAAACAUUAGGAGAUAUUAUCCUGAGAAUUCUGUCGAUAAUAUAUCCGGACCUAUCCCCAGGGUUAUGGUUUAUAAUUCACUUUAUCAUGAAUUUGAUUGUUCUAUGUGUAAGUUUGAGUUCUUUAUCGGAACCGAAUUUACACGAUCCGAUAGCCGAACCGAAAUAUAAUAGGACGUUCAUCUAUGGGAGCAUCUACUGUUGCUUCCUCAUUUUGGGUGUGAAUAUUGCUUCUUUUACACUCAUCAUGGUGAUUCAUGCGAUAAUUCAGAAGGUGUUUUUGGAAAAGCUCCUCCAGCCAAGUGCCCUAUGUGCAGCUUUUUACAACACAGUGGAUCCGGAGCUGGUGUACCUCUUAUGGUCAUCUGUUCAGGUCAUCUACUGGAGGAGUAACAUUAUUUUAAAAAAGGGAGCACACGAAAAUGAGAAUUACUUUGUUCUUCGUAUUUUUGGAUACAAAGAUCAGGACAACCCCUUCAUAUUUUUAAAUAGCAUCAGUUGGUUAAUAACCUUUCCUACAUUAUUGUACAUUGUAUUUGCAGCCAGGUUGCUUUUCCUUUCCAUCAUAUCUUUUGUAUUCGAGUUGGGUUUUCUGAUGAACGCCCAUGAUUUAUUAGGGAAGUAUUUGUCCAAGUAUGGCAUUCUCAGAAAAUUUAAUAUUGAAUGGUUUAUGUUCAUGGCGGAUAAGCAGGAAAAUAUUAGAUCCUUGUUUGGCUACGAACUAUACCAGGAUGAGAAGAUGAUCAGACAGCUAGAAACGAAUGAUAUUAGCAAGAAGUUUGUCCAAGAUAAGGCUGAGUUGUUACUGUUUAAGAAUUUGCCUCGUAACUGUACUUGCUGUAAAAUCGCUCUAAAUAGGAAUAAAAAAAAAAAUGCCAUGAAGCUUUUGGUCCCUCCAAUUUUUGAGACAAAAAAUAUUGUAAAGACGGAACACUCGACUAUUAAAAAUUGGCUAGCUUGUCACUAUGUUGUGAAUACACCUCCUUUGAUUUUUCUUCUAAAUAAUAGUAUUCCACUGAUAAAUAAAAAUUCCGUUAAAAUAGGUGGAGAUAUACUUUUUAGACAAAUCAUCAUGUCCUUGAAGAUGUACUACCAGGAGAAGAACGACACUUAUGCCUUCACGGGAUCCGCCAUGCAUAAUAUGCCUUCCGAUGAGUUUUCUCCAAAUAGGAAUAUCAUGACUUUGAAUUUGAACAGGGACUCUAAUUUAACUCCUCUGCAGGGUCCCUUUCCGUUCAGCCCAAAGAAUCUUGUGAACAACUCCGAUUCAGAAUCCAGAGCGAAGAAGAAAAUAAACUUGGAGAAUAUUUUUAAUGACAUCGAUUUGGACGCCAUCCGGUUGGAGGCUGCGCAGGAGGGGGCAACGAACAGAGCAGCUGAGGUGGGGGGACAAACGGGUGCUUCACCCGGGGUUAGCGAACCAGGACCCUUGGCCAAGACAAAAAGUCGGUCCAAGCAGAGGCCCAAGGGAAAGCGAGGAUCCAGAAAUGGCAGCAGCGUGGCUCAAAGGAGAAGGGAUAAAUCGGGAGCUUCCGAACGGGGGGAAGAUGUGAAGAAUAGAGGCACCUCACCUGGUGGAAGUGACCUGGUGGCACAACCCGGUGAGAGACGCUCCCGUGGGUUGAUUAGCAGGGGGUCCAGCCAAAAGGCAGAGAAGAGGACGCCCUCCGCGGUGAGCGACACGAUCGAAGUGAAGAGGGAGAAGCAGAGAGGCGAGCCCCUGGAUGGUGUAACUUCAGGUGCUUCUACCCGUGCGCACCAAGGUAAAAGUCUCCAAGUAACAGACGGGGGGGUGAAAGGGCAUCAUACAUCGAAUGACGAACCGGCUGACAAACGGGGUGGAAAUGCCGCACGGGCGAAUCUAGACAGAGAAGCACGAAAUGGUGGUACGGGUGACGGAGAGGCGAUUCUCUCCCCCACAGCGAUCCGAGGAAAGGAUGAAAUGGACGAAGAACCAAACUUCAACAGGAAAGGAACGUCCAUUUUGGAAGGCACUAAGUUCAACAUUUGCAUCACGCCGUCCCUGUCCGGCAUUCAGGAAAGGGCGGCCGAGAAGAAGGACCCCAACGGAGGCACCAUCGGUAUUAGCAACCCGCUGUAUGACGAUCUUAAAGGCGCGGAAGAGGGGACGUUUUACCCACCGCUGGAAAACUACAACAGCAUGCAGGUGCAGAUAAAGGACUUCACUAUCGAGGACGUCCUGCAGAAGAAGUACACCAUGGACUCGACGCAUAAGUGUGAAAUGGGGAGAGGCCCCUCCGAGAAGGGGGCACCAUUCGGAACGGGUGAAACAUACGAUGCGGAUGAGGAGGCCCCCCCACGCGACAUCGAGGUAGGGAACACAACGCAGCGGCUGGACAGUGAGCACACCGUGGGGGCUCCCCUACAAAAUGCACCAGCGAAGCGAAACACCACCCUGAACAUUUCCAGCGAUGAAAGCAAUAAAGAUUCCUACACCAGAGAAGUGAACUCAUCGUACCAGCUAUUCGGAGAUAGGAAGAAAAAAACGAACAACAAAAUAAAGGAGUCCAUAAAAUUAAGCAGGAAAAUGAAAAACAACGGAUCUACAAACAAAAACCCGCAGUACUAUCAUUCGCAUCUCCUGAACGAGGAAUUGAACGUUCUGGAGAGGAGCGAUGCAAUCAACGUGAAGAAAUUGAAGGAAAAUAGAAAGACAAAAUUGUGCCCAUGUCUAUGCUUUAAGAAAAAUAAAAAAGGACGAUUCAGCAGAAUAAAGAAAGAUAUUUCUCUGGAUAUUGACGACCCGUUCGUUAUGAAUGUUAGAAGUCCGAUGCAGAUGAGCAUAAACGGAAACGAAUUCAUAACAAAGGAAAUGAUAGAAGUGUUUUUGAAGCCAGAAGAGACGGAAGAAUUCAUGAAAGAGUUUGAUUUGUCUGGACAUGGAAAGAUCGACAUGCUCAUGUUUAGAAAUGCAAUAAAGAGAGCUAUAUCUUGUAGAAAAAAAUUCAUAAAAAGUUUAAAGGGACAAGAAAGUAUUCUCAAAUUGGUUCGUCGGUUGAUGUCUAUUCUUCUUUCCUUCUUGGCAUCCGUCGUUCUGUUAUUCAUCUUUGGGGUUUCGGUCGACACGAUCAUUGUAACAGGCGCUGCAUUCAUAACUGCUGUGACAGUAAUUCUGAGCUAUAUGUAUACCAGCUUUAUCACCUCCGUCAUUUUUAUUGCCUUCUCUAAUCCGUACAACAUAGGGGAUCGUAUAAGACUCGACGGGGGAGAAGCCAUGUAUAUUAAAAAGAUCAAAACGUAUACCACCGAGUUUGAAACGACGACUGGAAAAAUUGUUAUCUACGAAAAUUCAAAGCUCAGUAAUGCAAAAAUAUACAAUGAAAGUAGGUCCAAAAAUGCUUACAUAGAUAUAUCCUUCAAGGUAGACAUUAACACUCCUCUGCUUGCACUUAAGGAGCUCAGGAAGAGCUUACAGUUUUUGGUGGAUAGUAGACCUAGCGACUUUUGCAAAACGAAGAAUUUAUACUUUGGCUAUUCACUGCAGCCGGGUCAUUUCUACGAAAUAAGCUUUUGGAUCAAGUGCGUCGAGGGGUGGGGAAAUUGGAGGAAAGUAUUUGAGCUGCGGACCGACAUUUACGAUUUUAUCAUUCUGCAACUGAGGCUGCUGAGCAUAUCUUACAGAUUGCCCACACAGAAGGUCGGCUUCACUGCGCCGCUCAAUAUUAUGGACACAAGUAAUUUAAAGCCGAACAGGAACAAGCCGUAUGACUACUCCAGCCCUCCCAAGGAGAUCAGAAAUCCGCUCUUCAUGCAGUCUGCGAAGCACAAGAGGGAGUUCGACUGGUCAGUUGGUGAUGAACAAUGCGGUGAUGAGCGAAGUGGGGAGAUCCCCUCGCGGCAGCAAAUUUGUUUGCCCAUUUACGGGGCGGACCGGACAGGUGCACUGGUUCAGGAUAUCCCUACCCAUUUUUGCCCCACCGAAGGGGUGGACCGUCCAUUACUACACAGGAGGAGAAGCGGCAACACCGAGCAGCGUGGAGCGGGGUGGGCUCAAAAUAGUGCAACCGAUCAGGAGCAGACGGGCAUUGCCGCCACUGGGUUGUUCCUCCCAAAGGGGAGAUCCCCUCUUGCGAAUCAUUUUCCUUAUGAAGAAAGUUACACAUAUGGAGGAGGAGCACCUCCCCAAGGAGGACACACCAAUGGGGAUGACAACAUAGGAGUGGGUACACCACCUGUACCGUUUUGGAAGAAUUUCAAAGCGGGUCAUCCCGCCAUUCCUGUGAAGAAUAGGUCCACCGUGUGGGACGACAGUGAGGAAACGAUUCCAAAACGAUGGCCACAUGAAGCAAUGCAUAACUGGAAAACACAUCCAAGUGGUGAUGCAGACGGAGUGAAUCCCCAUAGUGGAACUACCUUCCUGUAUGGGCAGUACAAUAGUGAACAGCCCAACUAUAUGCUCCAUCCGCAGAGUACUUUGCACACCUCAGAGCAGUUACAAGAAAUGAAAUAUGAUGAGGUAGAAGAAUACUCCUAUGACAGUUCCUCCGGUUAUGACAGCUUCGAAUACGUAAAGCACUUUACAAAUCUUCACGAUGGAGUUCGCAGGGGUGUCCCCGUAAAAAGUGGCAAAACCUUUGGGCGCAAAAGGGACUACAAUAAGAAGGACGAGUAG